CUGAUUCUGUUGAGGAAGCACAGAAAUGGCUGAUAGGACUAGAAUUGCUGAGGAAAGAGACACUGGAAGCACCAACUCCGGUUCUUGUAGAGAGUUGGCUGAGGAAGCAGAUGUAUUCUGUCAAUCAGACCAAAACAAACAGCAUCUCCAUGAAGGAGCUGAAGGCUCUGCUAGCUUUGCUCAACUACAAGGCCCCCAGCUCUCGUACUCUCAAAGACAAAUUCCUGGAAGUGGGAGCAAAGAAAGACCGCCUGGACUUUGAGCAGUUUCAUAAAUUAUACAACCUUAUAAUGUUUGAACAGAAUGAGAUCCUUGAUGAGUUCAAAAAGGAAUCAUGUGCUUUUAUUCUGGGUAACACAGAUAAACCAGAUGCCUCAGCAGUUCUGCUCCAUGACUUCCAACGAUUCCUCAUCUACCAGCAAAAGGAAACCUGGGCCAGUGACCUGAACAAAGUUAGAGAACUGAUGACUACCUUCAUUGAUGACACCAUGAGAAAAACCAAUGAUCCGGAGUUCACCGUCAGUGAGUUCCUUAGUUUCCUGUUUUCCAAGGAGAACUCUGUGUGGGAUGAGAAGUACUCAGAGAUCAGAAACUUGGACAUGAACAACCCUCUGUCCCAUUACUGGAUCAGCUCCUCACACAACACCUACCUGACAGGUGAUCAGCUUCGAAGUGAGUCGUCCACAGAGGCUUAUGUGCGCUGUCUGCGUCUUGGAUGCCGUUGUGUUGAAUUGGACUGCUGGGAGGGGCCUGGGGAGCCAAUAAUCUACCACGGCUGGACCAGGACGACCAAGAUCAAGUUUGAGGAUGUGGUCAAGGCCAUUAAUAAUCAUGCUUUUGUCACAUCAGAGUUCCCACUGAUCCUCUCCAUAGAGGAGCAUUGCCCUCUAGAGCAGCAGCGUCAGAUGGCUCGAAUUUUCAAGGAAGUGUUUGGAGACAAACUGCUGACUGAACCUGUGGAGCAGAUGGCUGAGCAGCUACCUUCACCUACACAGCUGAAGGGCAAGAUCAUACUUAAGCACAAGAAGCUCAGUGUGGAGGGAGGAGGAGUAAGUAAGGACUUCAGGAAAGGGCAGAAACAGGGAGAUCUGGAGAUCUGGGACCCUGUGGACCAGCGGUGGAACAGGCACUACUGUGUGAUCUCUGAUGACAAGCUAUACUAUGCAGAGGAGUACGAAGACGAGGACGAAGAUCCCAGGAAGUACCAGGACAUGCACUGUUCAGAGCCAUGGUUUCAUGGUCACAUGAGAGAGGGCAGGGUGAUGGCUGAGCGACUGAUCCAGGAUUACUGUGCAGAGACUGGGGGAAGAGACGGCACCUUCUUGGUUCGACCGAGCGAUACCUAUGUCACAGACUUCACCCUCUCCUUUUGGCGCAGUGGGAGGGUCCAGCACUGUCGUAUCCGCUCAGGCACAGAGGGGGGACACACUUACUACUACCUGACGCCAAACCUGCAUUUUGCCACCGUGUACGCCGUGAUCCAGCACUACAGAGAAAACCCGCUGCGCUGCCAAGACUUUGAACUGCGCCUCACUGACCCUGUACCACAGCCCAACCCACAUCUACAAGAAGGGUGGUUCUACAGCAACCUAAGCAGAGGUCAGGCAGAGGAUUACCUGCUGAGGAUUCCUAGAGAUGGAGCGUUCCUCAUCCGGCAGAGAGAAGGAGAACCAGACUCUUUUGCCAUCACAUUCAGAGGUGAUGGUAAGGUGAAACACUGUCGGAUCCAGAAGGAGGGCAGCAUGUAUCUGCUGGGCACCACAACAGAGUUUGAGAGCCUGGUGGAGCUGGUCAACUACUUCAAGAAGAAGCCACUGUAUCGCAAGAUCAAGCUACGUUACCCAGUCACCCCUGAGCUGGUGGACCACUUCAGCACAGAAAAAGGCUGUGCCUCUCUGUAUGAGGUGAAGACAUAUGUGGAACCUAACGAGAUUGAGCCCUCACUGCCUCAAAGUACAGUCAAGGCUAUAUAUAGCUACCAGGCUGAAAGGCCAGAUGAGCUCAACUUCAGUAAAGGAGCUUUGAUACACAACGUAACAAAGGAAAGUGAUGGAUGGUGGAAAGGUGACCAUGGUGGAAAGUUGCAGCUGUACUUCCCAUCUAACUAUGUAGAGGAAGUGUCCAGCAGCACCAAACCUGAGACCAAAGGACAGGACAUGGAAGACAACCCACUUGGUGAACUUUGCAAGGGUGUUGUGGACAUCUCCAAGUGCAACAUCCAAAAUU